UGCAGCACUGACUGCAGAGGAUGAGCUCAGCUCAGCUGCUUGUGUGUUAUUAAGGCUGGGGACGGCCGCCGCCAACACCCAGACACAGUGCGGCAAAAACAGGCGAGUGUCGCUCAGCUCAGCGUCGUCUCUAAUGAGUGAGUGCGCAGGAAGAAACAUGAGUCACGAGUGAGUGAGGUCUGCACCAUGUCUUUUAAGAAGGAAACACCCCUGGCUAAUGCUGUGUUUUGGGCAGCUCGGAAAGGGAACUUGGCUCUUCUUCAGCUGCUGCUCAACAGCGGCCGCGUGGACGCAGACUGCAGAGACAGUUAUGGAACUACAGCGCUGAUGGUGGCGUCAUACAGCGGCCAUUAUGAGUGUGUCAAAGAACUCAUUAUGCAAGGAGCUGACAUCAACUACCAGAGGGAGACAGGUUCUACUGCCCUGUUCUUCGCCUCCCAGCAGGGCUACCAUGAGAUUGUGAAGCUCCUCUUUGAAUUUGGUGCCUCCACUGAAUUCCAGACAAAGGAUGGUGGCACGGCUCUCACUGCCGCUGCACAGUAUGGACACUCCAAGGUGGUGGAGAUCUUGCUAAAGAAUGGAGCCAACAUUCAUGAGCAGUUGAAUGAUGGUGCCACGCCUCUGUUCCUCGCCGCUCAAGAGGGUCAUGUGACUGUGAUUCGUCAGCUGCUUGCAUCUGGUGCCAAGGUUAACCAAGUGAGGGAGGAUGGCACUGCCCCCCUGUGGAUGGCAGCUCAGAUGGGACACAGUGAGGUGGUGAAGGUGCUGCUUCUGCGUGGUGCGGAUCGGGAUGCUGACAGACAAGAUGGAUCAACAGCAUUAUUCAAAGCAGCUUUAAAGGGACACAGCAGUGUCAUUGAGGAGCUCCUCAAGUUUUCUCCUUCACUUGGCCGUCUUAAGAAUGGCUCCACUGCCCUUCAUGCUGCUGUUAUGAGUGGAAAUCUGCAGACCGUUCUGCUGCUGCUCGGGGCCAACGCCGACCCCACGCUGCCAAAUAAGCAUAAUGAACUCCCUGCAGAUCUCACAAAGAGCGAUCGCAUCCUUCAACUUUUACAUCCAAAAAUCUCAAACAGAGACAGCUGUUGACAAUCCAGACCCCGUCCUUCCUUGCUCGCUUGCACCACAUCCGUGUGAGGGGGAAAAUAAUGCAACAAGUGUAUCAAACCGACUGAAAUACAACCUGUACUGUAUAUGGUGCUUUGCUUUUGAUUGCUGCCACAUGUUGAAUAAACCCGGACUAAAUUCUGAGCAAAGUAAUGUGCAACCAAAAUGGAUCCGUCUCCCACAUGCAUCGUCUCCUUUACGCUGGUGUUAUAUAAUAUUUGCAUUUAUUUUUGUUUACCCCACACCCAGGUGUUGUAAUAUGUUUUGAUAUUUUUUGCACACUAUUUCUUUGCCUUUUUAAUAAAUGUAAU